CCACGAUCAUCCACAAUCAUCCAUGAUGAGCAGUUCGGUCACUUUAGCGAUCCAGCGAGCCGCGAGGGCGCACGGCGAGGUGAACAGGGGACAAUCACAGGACGCGCCCGCAAUCGCGCAUCGCGCACGUAUCGCAAGUCACUGACUGGGGAUCCUGGGCCGAUGCACCCGGCGACCAGGCAAAGGGCGACUCAUCCAAGGGGUCUUUGAGAGAAGCAGUACCAGUAUCAGUGACAUCAAUUCUGCACGCGAGGGAAGGUCAAGUCAUGAUCUUGGUUAACCCACUCUCAGGCUCCUCGCACGGACGGCCCAUACCGCCCAGCAGUUACCCGUAUAUAAGGAGUACCCCUCAUCUUAUCGUCUUCCCAUCAUCAUCCUCUUCUUCUCUCUUUGACUCUCUUCACCUCGUUUUCUGGAACAGCGCACCAUACUCCUCCACGUCCUCUAUCGUCGCAAUCCCAAGACAAUCACCCAGCAAGAUGCCUCCCAAAGGACUCGAUCCGGGGCUUGAAGGCGUGAUCUCACAGAUGGACGAGCUGUCCCUCGCACUGAAGGAUGACUUCCUCCUCCAAGGUGCUCACCCCCGUCCCGACUUCGGGAAGGCCGGCCAGCCUGUCAAGGUUGAGGCCAACAUGUUCCCGAUUCGCCUGUCCCAGAAGCAUGGGGCGGGGACCGUCUACCACUAUGAUGUGUCGAUCGCCCGCGUCGUCAAGACCCCCAAUGACAAGAUGCCCAAGAAUCUCACCGAGAAGAUUUGGGCCGCAGCCUGUCGCCAGGAGGCUGGUGCGCCGGACAAGCUGGCCUUCGAGAAUUCAGCCUACGACCUCAUGAAGUCUGUCUACACUGCGAACCAGUUCAACCUCGAGGGCGGCAGACGCCAAUUCGUGGUCAGUCUCCCCGAGGAGGGACGCGAGCUCGAUGACCGCUCGCGAUUCAAGGUGACCCUCAAGAUGGCCAACACGGUCGACCUGCAAAGCAUUAUCGAUUUCUGCAAGUCAGACAAGCAGGCGGAGCAGAAUGCCAACGCCGUGUUGACUGCCAUCCAGGCUGGCAACAUCCUGUUCCGCGAUGACCCCUGCAAGCGAUUCCACCCCAUGGGCGCUCGUGGAAAGUUCUUCAGCAUGGACCGAGCUGAGCCCAUCUCUGGCGGAGCUGUAGUCGCGAAGGGCUUCUAUCAAAGCUUCCGCCCCACUUCCGAUGGGCUCCCAGCCUUGCAGUUGAGCAAUGCUUUCACGGCCAUGUUCAAGCCUGGCUCCUUAAUGGCUUUGAUCCCCCAGAUCUUGGGGAUGGACGGCGGUGGUGGUGGAGGCCGCGGUGGACCUCGGGGUCGGGGCGGUCCUCGUGGUGGCGGCCGCGGCGGACCCCCGGGCGGGGGAGGAGGUCAUCAAGGCUUUGACCAGUUGAAUCCGCACCAAAUCCGGCAGCUCACCAAGCUUCUGUAUGGCGCCAAGUUCACCUUACCUUAUAAGAAGACUGCACGCACCUUUGCAAUCAAAAAGUUUACGCCCCAGAGCGCGGCCGAGAUUAGCUUCGUCGUGCAAGGCAAGGACGGUUCGCCUUCGCGGAAGUCGAGCAUUUUGGACUACUACUUGCAGCAGUUCAACAUUCGUAUCCAGAAACCACGUCUUCCUUGCGUCGUGUAUGGGAAGAAUUUCAUGGUUCCCCUCGAGCUCGUCCACCUGUGCGAGUUUAACCCCGUUCCAUUCGCAUGCCUUUCUGCCAAUCAGGCCGCGGACAUGAUCAAAGUCGCUGCCCAGCGCCCUCCCGACCGUGCUGCCACGAUCAAGCAGUGGCGGCAAGUUCUAAACUACUCAAGUUUGCCUAAGAUUCGGGCCUGGGGCCUGGAAGUUGCGCCUUCCAUGAUUCAGCUCGAGGGGCGCAUUCUACAGCCCCCCCGCAUCAAGUACAAGCAGAGGGAGUUCCCGGCCAUGAAUGGCGCAUGGAAUCUCAAGGACACACACUUUGCUCGCCCCGGUGCUCCACUCAAAGCGUGGGGCGUUCUUUCCCUCGACCGCCGCGUCGGGAACGCAGAGCUGGGCGAGUUCAUCCCCUUUCUCAUCAAGCAGUUGAGGGGGUACGGUAUGAGGCUCAAGGCCAUGUUCCCUACCCAGUGUCUUCUAGGCCAGAAGAUCACGCAGAAUCGAGGCAUCGACCAGUACUGCGGGAACGUGGCUAUGAAGAUUCAAGCAAAGCUCGGAGGAGUGACUCACGAAGUCAAUAUGACUGAUACCUUCACCAAGACAACGCUCAUGAUUGGCGCUGACGUAACCCAUCCUCCCCCCGGAAACGGCGGCCUGCUACAGCCGUCCAUCGCCGUCACCGUGGCGGGCACCGAUGGCGAGAACAUUCGCUAUUCAAUCGGUGUCCGCCUUCAGGAUGGCCGCGUCGAGAUUAUUGAAGACCUUGCCAAUAUGGUGGUGGAGCAUAUCAAGGUUUUCGAGCGGAAGGCUGGGGCCAAACCUCAGCGGAUCCUCUUCUUCCGUGAUGGCGUGUCCGAGGGACAGUAUAUGGCCGUCACAAAAAUCGAGGUAGAGGCUGUCAAGAAGGCCGCAGCCUCCUUUGGAGACCCGAAGUACAAACCGACGGUGACGUUCAUCAUCUGCGCGAAGCGUCACCACAUGCGGUUCUUUGCGUUGGCUCCCAAGGACGUGGAUCGUACCGGGAACCUUAAAGCUGGCUUUGUCGUAGACAGGAAGGUUACGCACCCGUUUGCGUUCGACUUCUACCUUCAGGCGCACGCCGGCCUCCAGGGGACGGCGCGUCCCACUCACUAUGUCGUUCUCAUCGAUGAGAACGGCUUCAACGCCGACCGCAUGCAAAACCUGUGCAACAAGCUUUGCUAUACGUACGCGCGCGCGACACGCGCUGUUUCAAUCGUUCCGGUCGCAUAUUACGCUGAUGUCAUCGCCAAUCAGUGCCGCUUCCUGGCCUACACCGCUGAUGACGAUACUACGGCGGAGAUCUCCAGCGGCCAGCGCGACAAGACGCGUACGUACGAUCCGCUGCAGAUUGCUAAGCGUCUCGGUUCGGUGGCGAACGUCGCUUGGUACAUGUAA